UUUGAAAUGGACCCAACUCGAUAGUUUCACUGAAUCAAACCAGCGGCCUCAAAUACUUUUGUACCAAGCGUUGAAUAAUACUUAAAGGGCCGCUCUUGUCUCUCUCUCAAAGCCUCUUGUCUUAAUCUAUCCCGCCAGAGUUUCUUAUGGCACGAGAGCCAAAAAAGAAAGACAAAGUUCAUACGCCUCCUCUCUAAAUACAUAUAAGUCUCUUCUUAUUACAAUGAAGCUGCUCGCUUCUAUACUUGGCCUUGCUGCCGUGGCUCAGGCCCAUAUGGAACUAACCUGGCCUUAUGCCUUUCGCUCCAAGUUUAAUCCCAACGUGCCAGAGUCUUUAAGAGACUACAGCAUGACCAGCCCUCUCUUGGCUAGCGGAAGCAACUAUCCUUGCAAGGGUUACCAAGUCGACUUCAACAGGCCCGAGGGUAGGUCGACUGUUACCUGGCAAGCUGGAGGCACCUACAACUUUAGUCUUUCCGGCUCUGCUACCCACGAAGGCGGGAGCUGUCAAGUUUCGCUGUCCUACGAUCAGGCCAAGACCUGGAAGGUCGUCCACUCUUGGAUUGGCUCAUGCCCUCUCAAACCAACGUGGACUUUCACCCUGCCCAACGACACGCCUGCUGGAGAUGCCCUCUUCGCCUGGACCUGGUUCAACAAGAUUGGCAACCGAGAGAUGUACAUGAACUGCGCCCACGUCACCAUUCUGGACCGCAGCGGCUCUGGCUUUGACGAACGCAGCCCUUCUGAUCCUUACCUCAGUCGCCCUGCCCAGUUCGUUGCCAAUGUCAACAAUGGCUGCGGCACCCUUGAGGGCAAAGAUGUGCUGUUUCCUAACCCAGGCCCGGAUACAGACCUGAAUUCCCAAGGCACUGCUCCCCCAACUGGCAGCUGCCCUGCUGGUAAAAAAAGAGCCUGGCCCUUUGCUAUCUGAGUCGUCAUAGGUACUCAGAUAAAACAUGAUCGGGUUGAUGGAGAUGUAGGGGAAACUUUGGUCAGCACCAGGGGCGUGCAUGUGGAUAUAUCUGAUUCAGUAUAUAUUCCCGAUAAGCUAUAACGCUGUUGUAUAUAUUCAAGAACAAGAUUUUUUACGAAUACGAUUCAGUUUAUUACUUGUUAGGUUUUGUGGU